CCGGGUAGACUUUGAAGGAAAAUUGGAAGACGAUGUGCCCGUUGCGUCUGAUCCUUGUCUUCCUCUCGGCGACGCUUGCUGGAUACGUCGCUUGGAGAUCGAUCGGAUCGGCGCCCACUAUCUCAGAUAACGUUCCCGAGAACGAGGAUAACGCCGACGCUGUUGGUGCGAAGAAUGGAAGAAGGGUUGGACUGCGAAAGGCAAUUGGAGAUGGACUUUGGGUAUUCUGGGAUAUGGCCAGCGGGAGGUAUUUGUGGAAAGCUGUGCAGAGAAGGUGAUUGAAGGAUGUGUUGUGUUUUGUGGUCAGAAUCUACAAAGAGUUGGCUACUUGAGACCUGGGUUUCUCUUCUCCUAAAUUGGUUUGGGUUUAAGCACUUCCUUGUUCCUAAUUUUCAAGUUGUGACUUGUUGUACACUAGAAGACUGCUUUGUCAAUCCAUCUCUGAAUAUUUUAUCAGGUUCCAAUCCACAUUAAUGAAUCUUCUGUGGAUGUUCAUUGAAA